AUGAUCCAUAUGGUAAAUAUCAAACUCACUUCCACAAAUUAUCUCUUGUGGCAUGCCCAGAUCGAACCCAUUCUCAUCACCCAGGGUUUUCUUCCGCAUCUGGAUGGCUCAUCCCCAUGCCCAUCACGCGAGAUCACUACACCGGUAGGUACAAAAAGUACGAAUCUCGACUUCGCCACUUGGUACUCCCGGGAUCAACUGAUUCGGCUAUUUCUUGUUUCCACUCUCACGGAGGAGUCUAUGGCCGUUGUUAUUGGCUGCACCUCGUCCCGUGAUGUCUGGACCUCUCUUACUCGCGCCUAUAGUAAUGCCUCGAAGGCUCGAGAACUCAGCAUGAAGGACAAUCUUCUUUCGGUCAAGCGUGGGGAUCUUUCCGUUUCUGAAUAUGGACAUCGUUUCAAGGCAAUUUGUGACAAACUUGCUGCCAUUGGUCGGUCUAUUGAUUCGACUGACAAAUCUCACUGGUUCCUACAAGGUUUGGGGCCUGCUUUUUCGACAUUCACGGCCGCGCAACUUGCUCAAGAGCCUCUUCCUGAAUUCGACACACUUCUUGCCCGCGCCGAAAGUCACCAAUUUUUCCAACGUUCAUAUGACAUCUCGCCAUCGUCGUCUUCGGUUGCAUUUUAUGCUGCUCCUAAGGCCCGUCCUCCGACCUCGUCUCAGCCACAAGGACGCUUCAAGAAAAAUAAAGGCAAAGCUAAUCUGGCAGAAGCACUAUCAUCAAGCUGCUCUAUAUCACAACCUAAUGUUUCUGAUUGGUACUUAGACACUGGGGCUUCUGCUCAUAUCACCUCGGAUGCAUCUCAGCUUGAUGAUCUUACUGAUUACUACGGCUCCGAUCGUGUCACAUUGGGUAAUGGUGAUUAA